AUGCAACUUGCAAAAUAUUAUUAUAAUCUUAAUUAUCCUAUUGAUUUUAUUAUUAUUUAUAUUGAAGAAGCACAUGCAUCAGAUCAGUGGAAAUUUGAUAAUCCAAAAUAUAGUUUUAUUAAAAAUCAUCAAAAUAUAAAAGAUCGAUUAGAUGCUAUUAAAAUACUUGUCGAUUUAAUAAAAAUAACUAAACAUAAUAAUAUAUCGAUUUAUUCGGAUACAAUUGAUAAUCAUACAAAUCAUCUAUUUCGUGCAUGGCCUGAAAGACUUUAUGUUUUACAUGAUCAAAAGAUUUUAUAUCAAGGUCAACCAGGACCACUUGGUUAUUCAAUUCCAUCGUUGGAUUAUUUUUUAAGAAAAUCUAUUUCGAUUAGCAAUUAA